CACAUGGAGACAGAGGAAGAGAGAGAGUGGAACAGAGAGAGAUUGACUAAAUCCUGCUCGGUGAAAGAGGGGGAGCAGAUUCACACCCUUUAGGAGACUCACAGGAAAGGAGAGGGAAUCAGAGAAGGACACAGUCAAAUAUCAUUGUACCCUGCAUGCCUCUUCAGCCACAACAAGGCUGGUGGGAUUUCAGUGAGUCGAGCUCCAGUGAAACUAAAUCAUGUCCAGCUCAAUCCUGCGACGACAUUCCAGCAAAUUGGGAUUACAGAAACUCCAAAAGAUCACAGCUCAGCGCAGUCUAGAGGAUGCAGAAGAAAUUGAGAGAGAACACAGACGGCGUACAAGAACCAGUACCUCUUCUGAGCCUCCUACACCUACUGAGACAUCACAGGACAGCCCUCGAACUGCACAGACUCUGAACAACCAGGGUCAGAAUAAUCUUGUUCCGAGCUGUCCAUCAUCUUUGGAAGAAGACGAAGGCUUCAGUGAUUGGGCACAGCAUCUGAGUAGGCAGAAACAGAGAAAAUUGGAACAUGACAAUGUAGAACCACAUCUAAAUGGCUCCCAUCACUCAACCAAACAUCUCCAGCUCUGUUCCAGCUCAGCUCAACAAACUAAACUGCAGCAAAGUGAUUUAAAUGUGUAUGACACCACCCCAUCCAUACAGACCCGAUCCCCCCUUUCAAAUCAACAAAACCUGGUUGAGGAUGAUGAUAUUGAAGAAUGGGAUGCCAGAGAGUGGGAAAGAAGGAAUAACAUUAAGGAAACAGAAAAAGAGGAGAGAGAGAGCAGACCGUGGUGUGAAGAGGAUGAGACUCCAGGAAGGGUGAAAGAAAAUCAGAGACGUGAUAUGAAUGAUGAGAUGUUGGAAAAGAAGGCAGAGAUGAAGAUAUCAUUCACUUCCAAACUCCUUCUCCAACAGAAUGGGAGGCAAAACAGCAUUCAUGGACAAGAGGGAAAAAGAAUAAAUCAAUGUGUGUCUGAGGAUGUGUGUGUGAAGAGCAGCGAUGAGAACCAGCAGCACAGCGAUACAGAGGAUCAGACGCAUGAGGAGGUACAGAGGAGGAUGAGAGAGGAGGAGAGAGAGAGGAAGAGGAGGGAUGUGAUGGAGAAGUUGAAGAGGUUGAGUAUAUCCAGUGCAGAUCCAGAGGAGCCCUUCAGUCCUCUCAGCCCCAGGAGCCCCUCCUACAUGGGUGAGGACUGCCAAUCAGAGGGUACACUCUCGAUUACUGAGAGGACUGAGUCUCUAAACCGUUCUGUUAAAAAAAGAAACAGCAUAAAGACAACCCACACUCCCACGAUCAUCUCUAAGUUAGAUGGCAGAUUGGAGCAGUACAACCAUGCUGUUGAGGAGUGUUGUAAAGAGGGCAAUAUAUUCAAGCAACCUCUAAUGGAUGUCACAACACCACAAGAGCCUGUAUCUGCUCGGAAGACCCUGUUUGAGGCAGGAGAAGCCUGGAAUCAGAAUUCAGCAACUGCCACGCCCGCUAAGGAUACAGAGGGACUAAAUGUGGGCGUGACUGAUCGUAUUAACCAGUGGGUGAAGGGAAAUCCUGAUGUCAGCUUCAAGAGUCCCAACUCCAAAGCAGCUUCUCCGGAAAUUAAGGCUGGAGAAGUGCGUAACAUAAAAUCCAUGUGGGAGAAUCUGGGAGACACAUCACAGGAUAAACCAUGUGGAAAGGGAUCUGCUGGAAAAAGGUACAAAUUUGUCGUGAGUGGGCAUGGGAAGUAUGAGAAGGUCUUCGUUAAUGAUGACACAAACUGAUGAACAACUGGCUGCUGAUCACACAGAUGUCUGAAGAAAAGAUGCCUUUGUACAAAUGUACAACAUAAAUGUGAUCCUUGUCCUUCAGAUUCACAUAGUAUUACAGGUUACAUUAGUUACAUUUAAAACAUUACAGUACUAUGUUUGCCUUAAAUACAUAGUAAAUAAUUUCUGCAAGAAAGGAAGUGUUUUCACACUUACAUGCUCAUCUUAAUUUUUUUUUUUUUACUCAGUAAACACAACUGUAUAGGGUAUAAGGUGUUAUUUGUCAGAUAUAAAGAACAAAUAACAGUUAGUAUUAAACACAGAAUCAGGUAUGAUUAGUGAAUCAGACAUUAAUCUAAACUUGGCUGUGAACUCUGAAACCAUUGCAGUUCUAUUUGUUUAUUGUUUUAUUCUUACAUAAGAAUUAUUACAUUAAGUACCACACAGUGAAAUAGCCCAAAUCAUAAUGCUGUGAGGGAGAAAGAGCAAAUGCUUACAUUUGAAUGUCUAAAUGGAAUAAAAUAUUACAGAAAUAAGUAACUGGAAGAAAAAAAAAUGUCAUUCAGAAAUGCCAGAAAAAUUAAGAUUUUUGAACAAAUGUUUUUGAAUUUUAUAAAAAUCUCUGUUGGUUUUAUCACAUACUCUCACCAUCCUGCUUUCACUCCUUGCACCAUAAAAGUUAAUAAUAUUCAGUUAAGAAGCCCUACACAGUUACCAAAAUGAGCCAAAAAAACUGUGCUGUGGAAUGCUUGAAUAACAAUUUUAAUGUAUUUGUUUACAAAUAAUUAAUAAAAUUGAUCAAUCAUC